UACCUUCCGCCUAUUUUAAGUUGGUUUGUUUUUGGACAAACUCUUGUUAUUAUUACUCUAUAUGAUUUUCAAUCAGAGGCUUUAGUUAAUUCAUCCUUACUAUUAAAGUAUCAUCAUUGUUGUCCCUUAGAAGUCUCAGUGGUGUAGUUUGUCAAGGAUAUGGAAGUUUCUCAAAAAAACGUUGAUCCGCCAACCGGUGACAAUGUUCCGGUUACUAUCCAGACAGACAACAAUGGAUCGAAUGGCGAACAUGUAUCUGGUGAUGGAGAAAUUGUCCAUCCGAUAGAGGCAAAAGUGACAUCUUCCGAUCAAGAAGUGGUACCGGAGUCUCAGGAGGAAAAUGGACUGUUGUGUACAAUCAACCCAGAACUUAGUAGAAACAAAAAAAGAAAGAUGUAUUUGUCUUUUCUUUUUCAGUUAGCAAAAAUGCAAAAACAGAAGAGCUUUCCUGUGUACAUAUCUAAAAGAAACGAGGAACCUUUCACCGAGAAAGAUUUUCUCAAGGAGAAACUGAUUUUGAACAGAUUAGCAUUGAGUGCGUGCAAGGAUGGAAGUUGGGAAAAGUUCUUCCCUUGCACUCAAGAUGUUCUCGCUGUUGAUAAAGUCGUACUCGAAAAACCGACGAUGAUGAAACUGGUCUGCGCCAACGUUUCCACUGCGGAUUGGCUCAGACGGAUCAAACUGCCGCCGUGGCUCAAAGUCGUGAGCAAAAAGCGAUUCAAGGAGUUGGAGUUAUCACUUCUGAUCGAUGAGUAUGGUAAUGUUGACAAAUAACGGGAAUUGUGGCAGUUUUAUUUAUUCUACUAUAUGUCUGAUGGAAGAGUGAAAGUCGCAGGGGACUUUUCUCUUGGGAUGAUAAGGUGUACAACUUUGUUUGAAGCGAUAACAAUAUGGCUUUGUUUCUUUGAGCACCGAUUGGCAUUCAUUGGUGAAAACAAAUUCAGCUUCACCUCCCUGCACUUUGAAAACGCCGAGAUUCAACAUUUCAAGGAGCAGACUACGGUUCUCAUAAAGGAGCCUUCUUAUGCACUAAAAUUAACAAAAAUGAUCUCAUUAUCAAAGAAGACAUCUUUAUUAUUAUUUUUAAUUUUUACCUUCACAACAUCAUCCAAACAGUUUAAAACUGUUUCUUUACUGCAGUUGCAUUUUUCUGCGAUGUCACAAUAGUUGAUUACUGCAACUGGAACCUGUCUUGAAGCUUUACAUCAAGAAGAAAAAUUGUACAUCUAGUUCACUUACGGAUUUGUCAACGUAGUGUUUGAUCUGAUAGAUAUAAAAAUCAUCCUGGAGGGAUUUCGAGAGUACAAAUAUCGGCUUUGAAGUUGUCAAUUUUCUUUUUAUUCCUGUCUCCAGCGACCAUUGACUUAAUGUAAAUGUACCAAGUUGUUUUAUUAUAACACUCUGUAAUAUAUGAACCAAUUUAUUUUA